AUGCCUCCAGUCCAGAGCCUCCAGUCAAGCGGGCUUUCCCUCUCCGAGACAAGCAUGGGUUCGUUCAAAAGGAGGAAGAGGAAAUCUAUUAUUGUCACCGUGAUGCUGCUCAUAGUGUCGGUGCUCAUUCUGGUGUUUGGUCUGGCCGCCACCACUCGCACACAGAACAUCACGGUGGGCGGAUACUACCCAGGAGUCAUUCUUGGUUUUGGGUCAUUUCUGGGGAUUAUUGGAUCUCAUUUGAUUGAGAACAAAAGACAAAUGCUUGUGGCGUCAAUCGUCUUCAUCAGCUUUGGUGUUGUAGCUGCCUUCUGCUGUGCUAUUGUGGACGGUGUUUUUGCUGCAAGGCACAUUGAUCUCAGGCCUCUAUACGCGGGGCGAUGUGAGUUUUACUCCAGCGAGACUGACUCAGAGAGAGAUGUCUGCCAGACAUCGUCGCGCUCAAACUGUCAUUUCAAAGUUAAGAGGAACACAUGCUACUGCUGUGACCUGUACCACUGUGGCAAAGAGCACCCUCUAAUGGGACUGCAGAAUAAAGAUGUUUUGAAAAAAUUUAGGAAAUCCUCCAUGAUUUGGAACCGUGUGGAGGUCCACGGCGGAUACCACGAGUACACCGACGUGAAGAGCUGCCACGACGUGGUGCAUUUGUACCACCUUCUCUGGUCCGCCACCAUCCUCAACAUUGUGGCUCUUUUCCUGGGCAUCAUAACUGCGGCGGUGCUGGGAGGCUUCAAAGACCUGACUCCCUCCGCCUCUUUAGACAGCACGUCUGAGCCAGAGGCCAUCACAGCGCCCGUCCCCAGGGAGCCUCCAGCGGCUUCAAACUCACACCGGCCCAAUCGCAACCCGGCGCGCUGCCUGCCACCGUACACAGCCUACGACAUGCAGGGGGCGUACGUGUUCCCGGACUCCUCAGGUUUAUCCGAUGACUCCCAAUCUGGAGCCAGUCAUCUGUGGCCCACGAUGAUCCCCCCGCGUUACUCACCUCCUCACCUCCAUCCAGAUGAGAAGCCCCCUCCAUACAGCCCCUAA